UUAUAUAUUUUAUUUUUUAAAUUCUCAUAUUAAGUUGUAAUUUUUCAUACUGAAUUGUAAAUUGCAAAAUGCAUUUUUAAUAGCAUAAUGAAUUUGCAAAUGGAAUUGUCAAUUAAGAAAUGCAUAAUGUUUUGAAUUAUGCCUUUAAAAAGACUUCCAUAAUCGUCAAACUGGUUUUCCUUAUUAAAUUAUUAUUUUAUUAACGUGUUGUAACAUGUAGUACUUAAAAUCAAAAAGCAUAAUAAAACUUUGGUCAUUAUUUCUUUCUUAGGUAUUACAUGUUUUUAUCUUCAGGAGCAAAAGCAUUGUGGGCGCACUUAGACCCAUUCAAGAUGGCGGCUCUUAGAUACGUCAAGCGACAUUUCCAUAAGAUGUUUACCUAACUUGUGUCUGUUAAAGUAGACCCAUUCAAUAUGGCGGCGACAGAAAACGGUCGUGUGUUUCUUUUAAAUGUUAACGCAAACUUUACUAUUUACUGGAACCAUGUCUUCAGAACCUCAGAGAGAGCAACUUUUUGCUGCUGAAGAAAUCUGCAGACUCUGAAGGAACCAUCGUCCAGUGCGAGCAGGAGCUCUGCUGGAUAUCGCCAUGAAACCACAGCCUGUAGGAGUCCUGCCCCAGAUUUAUCUGAGUAAAGAAGGGGGCCUCUGUAACCAGAAAAGAGAACCCAGUGUGGACCAAGAGGAACCAGAACUUUUACAGGUUAAAGAGGAGCAGGAAGAAUCAGAACCUCCACAAGUUAAAGAGAAACUUGAAGAACCAGAACUUUUACAGAUGAAACAGGAAUGGAAAGAACAAGAACCUCCACAGAUUAAAGGGGAACAUGAGGAAUCAGAACCACCUCAGGUUAAAGAGGAGCAAGAAGGGCUCUGCAUCAGUCAGGAUAUAGUGCAGCUUGUUGUGAAGGAGGAGACUGAUACCUCAAUGGCAAUUCCUACUUGUGAGGAAAAUGAUCAGAGUAUAGCAGAUCUAGGCAAUCGGCAGAGCUUUACUGUAAUUGAGAGUCAGGAUGAAGAAGGAAACCGACAUGAAGAAUCAACUACAGAUGAAGAGAACGAUCCACAGAACAGUGAUCAAAGGGAAAGAAAAGAUGGAAGAAAUGUGGACAGCACCUACAUGUCAGAAAGUCAGUGUGACUCUGAUGUCAGAAAAAAACCCAAGAAAGUUUCUUUGUUUAAGAAGUGCAAACAAUUCCCCCAAGAAAAGAGACAUUUCUCGAUAAAGUCAGAUAAAAAUACAAGAAUUCCACAGAAUUUGUCAGCCCACACGAGGACAGAGUCUGAUGAAAGGCUUUAUGUCUGUGAAGAGUGUGGUAAAAGUUUUCCUUACUGGUCUCACAUAAGAAUUCACAUGAGAACCCAUACAGGAGACAAGCCUUUUUCUUGUAAAGAAUGUGAUAAAAGUUUUUGUGAGAGCUCCAGUCUCAAAAGACACAUGAGAAGUCACACAGGAGAGAAGCCUUUUUCUUGUAAGGAAUGUGAAUUAAGCUUUAGUCAAAUAUAUAAUCUCAAAAUGCAUAUGAGAACUCAUACAGGGAAGAAACCCUUUACUUGCAUAGAAUGCGAUAAAAGUUUUAGCCAAAAAUCAAAUCUCAAAAAACACCUGAGGCUUCACUCAGGAGAGAGGCUUUUUUCAUGUGAAGAAUGUGAUACAAGUUUCUAUGAAAAAUCUCAUCUCAAAAGACACAUGUUAAUUCAUACAGGAGAAAAGCCUUUUUCUUGUCUACAGUGUGAUGCGAGUUUUACUCUAAUAUCUCAACUCAAAUUACACAUGAGAACUCACACAGGAGAAAAGCCUUUUUCGUGUAAAAAUUGUGAUAAAAGUUUUAGUCAAAUAUCUAAUCUCAAAAGACACGAGAGAACUCAUACAGGAGAAAAGCCCUUCUCUUGCAAGGAAUGUAAUAAAAGUUUUAGUCAAAUAUCUCAUCUUAAAACACAUAUGGGAACUCACAGAUGAGCUUUUUUCUUGUAAAUAAUAAAAACAAAUAAUUUUGUGAAAAUUCUACACUUAGAAAACACAGGGAAAUAUUGCUGAUCUUUUUUUCUAAGAGAAAAAAAAACUGGAAUUUAAAAUUGAAGUAUUAAAGAUUUAUUAUGAUUCCACUUUACAGGUUAAAAAUCCCCACAUUUCUGUCAGAAAAUUAGAGUAUUAAAAAUAAACUUUGUUUUUAAAUCCUUGGGUCCGAUCUUAACACACUGUUAACUUAUACAAAACAAUUGCAAAAUGUUUUCCUAGCCUUUUCAUAGUCUGUCAGUCUGAGUCAAUACAACACAAUAGAUUCUAAAGCACUUCAUACUGUUGAUAUCUAUCAACUUAUGUCCAGAGACAACAGACUCAACAAUUAGGAUGACAUGAUGUUGCUUGUCAAAGUAACGCUAGGUUUUAUUUCAUAUACACAAAGACACAUGGCACUUUGAUGCAAUAAUUCAAUUAGAAAGAAGUACUAUCUGCACAGAAACAGUUUUAUUAAGUCUAGCAUGUGUGUUGGAAACAUUAUUUUUCUUUAUCUUUAUCAUAUAUCUUUGAAAGAUUCUAAUUUUCUAUGACACCAAUUUGAUUUUUUAACAUUCAUAAGACACAAUCAUCAAAAUCAAUUGUUUGAAUGAUUGAAACAUUCAAUGUAUGCAUAAUAAUUCUAAACUUAGAGCUUCAUUAUUUGAAUUAACAAAAACUAUCAUUUUUUGGGGAUGUACCUGUAAAUAGAAAUGUACUGUUUUAAAUUUUAACAGUUACAACUGUAACUCUUGAACAGCUUUCACCAGAUUAAAGGUACCGUUACUUUUUUGUAAAGGCCUUUUUCAUUCGUUUCAUAAAUAAAUAUUGUUGAA